AUGUCGAAUCUCAACAUUGUAAAGGCAUGCAUGUCGUCAGAUAGGAUAUCGGGCUUGAAGGGCGACCAUGUCGUUGCUGCUGCAUUGGGUGAGUUUGUAAUAAUCGAUAGUUAUCAUCUGCUUGAUGUAUGGAAGAUAGAAUUGGCGAAGACUAUCCAUCUGUUCUUUGUAAUAGUAAUUCCCGAUCUCAAUAAAUGCUCCAUAAGUAAGCGGGAAUCAGAGAAUCAUACGCUUAAGCUUAUAUCCUCUAUGGAAAAAGGUGAUUUGAAGACGCUGGGUUGUAUGCUCUCAAAGGAUGGUUCGGUGAGGUCAAACUGGAUCCCUGGCUUCGAAGAAGUAAAAAAUGUCGUAAUUUAUGUUGUAUCUUUGGGGUUCACAAUAAGUGGGUCAGGUCCCACCGUAGUUGGUGUCACCGAUAACGAAGAAAUGGCCUUUAAUAUUGCGGCCAAGAUAGUUGUCACAUUCGAUGAAAUAUAG